AUGGACUGUGUGGAAAUUGAUGGAACACAUCACUUCACUUGGCUUUCCCUGCCACUCGUCAGGACAAAAAAGAACAAGUCGCCCAGAAACGGAGAUGAGGAUAGGCACGUGUGGCUUAGUUGGUUCCUAUCAAGCUGGGCAUCUCUGUUUCUCGGUGGUGGAAUGUAUCACCACGCUGUCGGCAACGUGGCGAAGACACCAGCCUACACAACGAGUAUUGAGCAGCUACGGAUAGACAUUCGCCUCUCUACACCAGCAAAGACAGGCGGACUCCCUCCUCAUUAUCAAACUGCAUGGGAGAUAUGCGCAGUCCUCAAGCAUAUAUUCGAGCAAGGUCCGGACCCCAUUCAUAGGAGUCGAAAGGUAGCAUUUAUUGACGAAGUCGUCUUGAAUUUGCUGCCUGCAUGCCUAUUGGGCAAUACUUCCCAGCCUUCCAGUCCAGAUGGUAGCAAUGAUAUGGAUCACGAUAUAUAUUUCAAACCAGAGAGCCCUAUUGUCAUUAUUAGCCACGAGUUAGUCAACAUCUGGCAAAAAAUCUGGACUGCGAACGACUUCAACACGGUUGAUUAUCAGGCACGGUACUAUCGCAUGCUACUAGAGAAGAUCAACAGAGUCCGCGUCUGUGUAGAUGGAAAGACUUUCAAGACGAGAGAUUUGGCUGUCGAGCUAGAAAGAGGAAGAGCCGAGAUGAGGAGAAUCGAGAGGAGGUAG